AUGCUCGUCCGCCUCCAACAGUUCUUUAAUCUUGUCAGCCAUGUACUACGUGGCCAAUCAUCUUCUGUUCAGCCUUCCGCCAGCACCUCCGCAAGUGUCGACUCGGACGUUCUCAGCAGAACUUCCGACGAUCAUAUUUCCGCUGGGCGCCUCCUUACUUCUGAUACAGAGUACUCCCAUGUCAUUUCUUUACCUCAGCGGGACUCUGUAACAUGGAACAGUGGUAGUGCCUUCUCUAUCAAACCAAGUGAUAUCCACAGGCAAAGCAGUUACCCAACCGCCUCAGGUGGUUUUGGAGAUGUUUACAGGUGUAUAUGGGACUGCGGCAAAAGUUCGGAUGAGGUGGCGGUUAAAUCCCCACGAUUCCCAAGUUUGAGUGAUAGUGAAAUUGCCAAAAUCAACAAGAACCUUGACCGCGAGAUCCGUAUAUGGGCCGCGUUGAAGCAUCAAUAUGUACUGCCCUUGCAUGGCACUGUAGAGCAGUUCGGCCCAUUUCGCGCAUUGGUUUCCCCCUGGAUGCCGAAUGGGACUUUGGACUCUUACCUUCAUCAUGCACAUAAGACCCUCUCAAUGAUAGAUAGGCUUCGGCUGCUUAAACAAAUUACCGAGGGGCUCCAGUAUCUCCACGACCACAGCGUGAUACACGGCAACCUCACCAGCGAUAAUGUUCUGGUUGCUGCGGAUGGAUCCCCUCGUCUUGCAGAUUUCGGUAUCUCCAAUAUCAUGGUGCAAUCCAAUCCUGCCUUUUCCUACCACACUGGUGCAGUACGUUGGGUCGCUCCAGAGCUCCUUGACCCCCCAGAAGAUCAAGUCAUGCAAUGCGCAACGAGAUCUACCGACAUAUAUGCUCUCGGCGGUAUCAUGCUUCAGGUCCUAUAUGGGCAACACCCUUACUGGUGGUUAAAGUCUCCCGUACACGUUCUUUCUGCCAAGUUCAAACGCACAGAGCCCAUCAACUCCUCCAUCGAGAUUCAGCCUAAUCAUCUGGAUUUAAUGCGGCGGUGCUGGUCAGCGGAGAGUAGGCUUCGCCCGUCAGUAGAAGAAGUAAUAAGUUGCCUUCAAGAAGCACUGUCGAAUGAGACUUCGUCUGUAUGA